GUGAAUAUAUAGAUUUUUGUGGAUUGAACUUUCAGACGUAAAAUUUUAGAAUUCAAAAUUUCUUGGUAUUUCAGUAUCAUAGCUAAUUUGAUUAUAUUUUUCUGAUGUUUCGUUGAAUUAUUUCUUACUUAAAUUUUCGAUAAUUGAAACGGGAAUUACAAUUGCAUACACUAGAUAAAAUAAUCGGCGUCUCUCUCGACCGUCGAAUAUCGCAGAUUAUUACUUAAUUUUUUGAUAAUAUUCUUUUCUAUAUCUUUUUAACUCUAUGGUGUUUCUUUUCUCAGAGAGGUUCCUGUCUACUGUAUUGUAUUUGAUCUAUGAAAGUGCGGUUAUGUUGACCGCCAUGGAAUAAACGCGGGAAAUCUGUCAAACGCGUAGAAGCGGCGUGACGAUGGCGCAGCGUCGUAUAGACUCCUUCUUCACUAAGAUAUCCAAGAAAGAGAAUUCGAGCCAGGAUAAUUCGGAGAGCCACUCGGACAAUCGGGAGAGUCAUGAUGCUUCGGAGAACGGCAAACGGAAAAGAGACAGCAAUGGCUUCAGUUCUCCACCGUCAGAGAAGCAAGAUAUUAAACCUAAGAAGCCAAAGACAAUUUCCAAGACACCUUCUCCAGGUGCGAAGCCUCGUGUCAAGCUAGCUACUCCAAGAAGUAAGCCGAGUAAACUUUCGCCUGGAGCAAAAAAGGCAAAGAAGAAUCAACAGAAAGGUACACCUGGGAAGAAGAAAAAAGAAGAGAAUAAAACUGUAAAUGGCGCUGCUAGAAAUGAUACAGUUGAGGAAAAAAAGGAAAUAGAAGAAUCCGACACAGCUGAAGGGAAACAGAAAAAAGAAGAAAAGAGCUUUGAAAAAGAAUUGAAAACAGCUGAUGGAAAAAAGAAGAAAGGAGAACAUAAUACAGCUGAAGCGAAAAAGAAAGAAGAAUCUGCCUCUUCGAAGAGAAAACCUAAUAAAACAGAAAAAGUAAAGAAGAAACGGGCCAGGAUAAUUGAGCCGGUAGAUUCCUCAGACGAUGAGGCUCAUUUACCUUUACCUGAAAGUCCAAAAAAAUCGGAGGCUAACAACGCGGAAGCGAAGCCUGAAAGUGUAGACGAGUCCACCGAGAUAAAUAAAAACGUUUCGAGUAACGAUUCAAACGAAAGCGCUUCGGACAAUGAACAGAAGAAUCAGAGCCCGAAGAAAGAAUCUACGCCUGAGAAGUCACAGACUGCCUCGAAGAGUGACAGUCCGAAGAAGGAGCCUACGUCUGAGAAGAAGGCUAAGAAAGUGCAUAACUUUUUCAUGCCUAAGCAAAAGGAUGACACAAAGAAAGACAAAGUGAGCAAUGGAAAAAGCGCCAAUCAAUCUUACAAUCCCGGUGCGUCUGUCUACCAUCCGAUAGACGAUGCUUGCUGGAAGCGAGGCGACAAAACUCCAUAUAGCGCGUUUACGCGCACUUUGGAAAUCAUCGAGGAGACAAGUGCAAGAUUAAAGAUAAUAGAGAUACUGUCAAAUUACUUCCGGUCUGUCAUAGUCCUGAGCCCCGAGGAUCUUCUGCCGAGCGUUUAUCUGUGCCUUAACCAAUUAGCGCCGGCAUACGAAGGAAUUGAGCUUGGAGUCGCUGACAUGAAUCUGAUGAAGGCGAUAGCGCAAUGUACUGGUAGAACAGUGACGCAAAUUAAAGCCGACGUCCAGGAGGUUGGCGACUUGGGAAUCGUGGCGGAAGGUAGCAGAUCUAAUCAGAGAACCAUGUUUCAACCGGCGCCUUUGAUGGUUUCCAACGUGUACUCCAAGUUGAAGGAGAUCGCCCAGAUGACGGGGCACGCGUCUCUGUCGAAAAAGUUGGACAAGAUUCAGACGUUGUUUGUGGCGUGCCGUAAUACAGAAGCAAGAUACCUUAUUAGAUCGUUGGCUGGGAAGCUUCGCAUUGGAUUGGCGGAACAAUCCGUUUUGCAAGCAUUGGCUUUAGCUUGCGCGAUGACACCGCCAGAACAAAAGUAUCCACCAGAAAUUUUGAACGCAAGCAAAAAGAUGUCGAGCGAUCGCUUCAAAGAGAAAUAUGAUGAAAUAGCGCUCAUAUUAAAAACAACGUAUUGUGAAUGCCCGAAUUACAAUCUCAUAAUUCCUGUUCUAUUGGAGGAUGGAAUUAAUGCCUUGCCGAGCAAGUGCAAACUCACUCCUGGAAUACCCUUGAAACCCAUGUUGGCGCAUCCCACUAAAGGUGUUCAAGAAGUCCUGACGCGAUUCGAGGGUUUGAAAUUUACUUGUGAAUGGAAGUACGACGGGGAAAGAGCGCAGAUACACGUUGCGGAUGAUGAGCAAAUCAAUAUAUAUAGUAGAAAUCAAGAGAAUAAUACUAGCAAGUAUCCAGAUAUCAUCAAGCGAUUCAAAAAUACUCGCGGCGAUCUGGUGAAGAAUUGCAUACUCGAUUGCGAGGCGGUCGCUUGGGAUAGUGAGAAGAAACAAAUCUUACCGUUCCAAAUACUCAGCACAAGAAAGCGAAAGGACGCUAACGAGGACGAUAUCAAAGUACAAGUAUGCGUGUUUAUGUUCGAUCUGCUAUACCUAAAUGAUGAGCCGUUGGUGAAGGAACCGUUCGCGAAACGUCGUGAGUUGUUGAAGCAGCAUUUCAAGGAAGUUGAAGGUGAAUGGAAAUUCGCCAAUAGCAUGGACACUACGACGAUGGAAGAGGUGGAAGUCUUCUUGGACGAAUCUGUGAAGGGAAAUUGCGAGGGCCUGAUGGUGAAGACGCUGGAAAAGGAUGCGACCUACGAGAUCGCGAAGCGAUCGAGAAACUGGCUGAAGCUGAAGAAGGACUACUUGGACGGCGUCGGCGAUACCCUCGAUGUGAUCGUAAUUGGUGGUUACAUCGGCAAGGGAAAGAGGACCGGCACUUACGGUGGUUUUCUCCUAGCUUGUUACGAUCAGGAAAACGAGGAGUACCAGAGCGUCUGUAAGAUCGGCACGGGAUUCAAAGAAGAAGAUCUCGAGAAUCACACGAAAUUCUUCAAGGAUCACGUAAUACCGCAGGCCAAAUCGUACUAUCGCUUCGAUAGCAGCCAUGAGCCGGAUCACUGGUUUGAACCAAUUCAAGUCUGGGAGAUCAAGUGUGCCGAUCUCUCCCUUUCGCCUGUACACAGAGCGGCUAUCGGAAUAGUCGAUCCGGAGAAGGGAAUAUCUUUAAGAUUUCCGCGAUUUAUCAGGAUUCGCGAGGAUAAAAAUUGCGAGCAGGCUACUUCCGCUCAGGACGUGGCGGAUAUGUACAAUAAUCAGGAGCAGAUAAAAAAUAAAACUUCGGCAUCGAAAAUCACAGAGGAAGAUUUCUAUUAAUUUUUCUUUUUUAUUUUGCGACGCGCAGUUUUAUCCAGUAUAGCUUGUAUUUUUUAUAAUCAUUAAUUUUGUAAGGAAUAUUGUAAAUAAAAUACAUUUGACAUGGCACACAAAUUAUGUAAUUUUCGUUUGUGCCGUGUCUGGUAAACGGUUAAUUAAUA